AUGCUUCAUGAUAAUAUGAUAAUUGUUGACAAAAAAAUAAAAAUAUUAACCACAAAUGUCUAUAUUUUUCGUUUUUGUGUUAUUUCGAAAAAAUUCCAAAAAUUGAAGUUUACAAAAUUUUCGUUUUUCUUUUCGUUUUUUUUUCGUUUCCAAGAAACUGAUAAUCUUUUUGAAAUCUCCCCUGGAUUUAAUAAUGGAACUUUAUUUUAUCGAAUAGAUAAUAAAUGGGAUUGUGUUUAUGACAUUUCCAAUCCCGAUUUUACGAAUGUCACGUUUCGCGGUUUUUCAAUCUUCAACACUCAACAAUGGACACGUUUUGACGUUUAUCCAGAUUGUUGCAGUAAAGAGGUUAGCCGGCAAGACAUGAAUACCUUUACGGUUAUAGAUGAUGUUUUACCGGUAACCAAAUCCCUGUAUUUCUUAUAUAGAGAUACCGCUUUCUCAAGACCGUACCAAUCAAUUUUUAUAUAUGAGUUCUUCAACACUGUCGCGUGGAAUAUCGACACCAAACAUAUCAUCCCAGGGAGCACCAUAAGUAUGAUCAGUUCCAGUACCCCUGAAGCUUCUCUCCGCCACACAGUUAACGUUUAUAAUUACCGCUUCAAUUUGACUUCCGCGUAUACUAAUUCUUCGAUCCUUUCCUACGCAAAGUAUAAUCUUUCUUUCAAGAACACGCCCAUUCCCUUUGUGAAUAUUUCUGGCCGAACAGAAAUUUAUUUAAGUGACGAGGAUUCCGUGGAUAAAUGUCAAUAUCGAUACACGACUGAUUUGACUGCACGUAGUGCACCCCCCACAAAUGGCAACUUGAAAAUGCACAACUUGUGCACGACCGGCAAUUUCAAGCGUAUGGCUCUCUGCGCAAGCACCGUAGAAGACGAUUAUAAGGACUGCACAUGUACGUACGACCCUCAAGAAUACAUUUAUUUGAAUGAAUAUGCAGACUGUACUUAUAUGAGUGAAUUGCUGACACUCACGAUCACUGUCAAUCAAGAUGUCGUCCCCUUCGAACAUUUGUGGAAUACAUUCUCCACAACGCCGGAUAUGGCAGUUCACUCCCUUAUAAUCCCAAAGGGGAGAAACAUCACCUUUCUUGGAAAGGUCAUUCUACCGGAUUCUCCAAUACUCAUCACCGGAAGUGUUAUAUUCAAGAGCAUCCUCGUCAUCACACGAGACGAUCUCUACUAUGACAUCGGCACUUUCUCUGUCGAGGAAAUUAACAUCGAUAACUUGAAAAAUAGAAACACUUCAAUUUGCUUUGUCGGCAGAUGCGGAAUGGAACAGACGGCUUGUGAGAGGGUUUUUAACUCGGCAGGUAUCAAGGAAAAACGUUGCGGGUCCGGGUCGAAAAAUAGAUAUCUGCCCCUUGACAGCGAAGUCAACUGCGACUGCAGACAAAGUGACUCAGCACACUACUACCAGUCAGACUGCACUUUGAUGAGUACCGACAGACUCUACAGAUUCGACCUUUUUGUAGCUUUCGAUUAUAUCGGAGGAGACGCUCCUCGAUAUUGGAGUUCCUUGACAGUUCUGGCUCCGAUAAAAAUCAGUGGCGUAUCUACAAUCGUCGACGGUCUCUGUAAUUUUGAGAAAUCUGGAAGAGUAGAACUUUAUGGCGCCUUACGUUGUAAGAAGGUAGUUUUGUCGUCGAGCAGUGAGAUAGUCGGAUAUGAAGGGUCUCAGCUGAAAAGCUAUGAUUUUGCAUUUAUAGAUAAAAUAACUAAUAAGAAUAGUAAAGCAGUGAUUCAUAUGGGAAGUGGGUCUUUUCAAUCUGACGGAUCGAUGACCGUCAAAGUCGAUCCAUCCCAAAACGAAUGUUUUGAGUUUGCGAGUGCGAAGGGAUUAAAUAGUCACUCGAUGGAUGGAACUCUAAUUUCCGAUAAAAAAUAUAGUUUGGUCGUAUUGGGGAAUCUCGUGAGGAUCUGUCCAAUCACUAAAAUCAAUAAAGAGGUGAUUUGUGAUUUUAAGACGAGUGAAUAUAACGGUUUUGUGUUUGACCAGUGCCCGUGCGAUAACGAAGGGUGCGUUUUUCGGGUCGACGCAAACGUCAAAGAACUUGAUUUUUCACAAUUUACGGAUUUGGUCUUUGAAGGCCAAUUUAUUAUUCAAAAUAGUUUAGUAAUAAGAAAUACCGAUCGCGUCACGUUCAAAAGUAUAAAAAUAGAAAACUUAACUAAAGAGCUAGUAAGUGUCGACGUCAUUGGCGGAAUCAUCACAGAAAUAGAAAGCCCCAUGAUUGUAUCAUCGACUAAUAGUUCUGAAUUCUAUGGAAAUACUAUUCAAUUUACUUAUCGCCCAAAAGGGGCGUUUCCUGUUCUACUUUCUGGUGAACUAUUUGUUAUUAAUAUAGAUACUAUAUAUACCAAUGCGAUAGAACUCACCAAUUUCAAAGGACUCAUCACAACGCCACAAGGGAUGGAUAUCAAGAAAAAUGGGAGAGGAGAGACAUCCUCUACGUUGUCUCUGCAAGCGAACGAAAGAGGCAAAUACGAGAGUGUAGUAGUGAACAACAACGAGUAUGAGAUCUUGACGUGUACACAUAACGAUCAAAGCCGUUCGUGUCAUGAAAAGGUAGAGAUAGAGCACUGUGUGUUCUAUUUAGACGAUCGUUAUUGUGUAUCGUGUAUGGAGUAUUAUAGAUUGAAUACACGAUUGAAUGUAUGUGAGAAGAUUUCAAUUGCGAAUUGUAAGCGUGAAGAGCAAAGUGUGUGCGUUCAAUGUGCUGAGAAAUAUGAAUUAAAGAACGGCCUGUGCCAACCUGUAAAUAUCGAGAAUUGCGACUUCUAUAAGAACAAUUGGUGCAGAAAAGCACAAGGCGGGUAUUACCCGGUAACUUCAUCUACUAAAAAGUGUUCACCGCACACUCUUGUGUGUAAUUCAGUAUCGAGUCUGAUAUGUAGCACUGGGUACAUCUUACAUAACAAACUCUGUGUCCUUCCUUCCACACAAAAUGCAGUUGUAUCUUCAAACUACAAUACUAUAGUCUGUUCAAAGGGGUAUUAUAUAUUUAAGGGUGUGUGUGUUUCGUGCUUUUCUAAGUAUGGGAAUUGUGAAUUGUGCACAUUAUUUUCCUGUACGCUCUGUAAAAUAGGGAGUGUUUUAAAUAACGGUGUAUGUAUUCAAUCCAUAGGGUGUCAAGCCAUUCAAAGCAGCAAUUGUCAGCAAUGUCUUUCCGGAUAUUAUAAUAAGGAGUCAUGUAGACCUUGUGGAGAGAAUUGUGAAAUAUGUAGUUUCACAGGGGAGUGUCAAGUAUGUUCUCCGCAGUACUACAAAAGUGGGUUCAAUUGUUAUACCAACAUGAGUCAAUUCAAUACGACACAUUGUACAACAGAAAAGAAUGGGGAAUGUUAUACCUGUGACGAUCACUUCUAUGCAACUCACUUUGGGUGUUUCGAAUGUUCAUCAAAUUGUUCCACAUGUACUUUACAAAGUGAUUUAUGUACUUCAUGUCCUUCAUCAUAUAUUCUCCAAGACCACAUAUGUCUUCCAGAAGCUUUUUAUAGUGAUUCUUGUCUUCGUCUUAAUGCAAAGUAUUGUUCAUUAUGUCCGACUAACUAUUUCCAUUCAUCAGAAAACUACUGCAAACAAUGCCCACUCAAUUCUAUCAGUUGCGCUAACACCACACACGUCUUCGAAUGCUCCAGCGGGUACUUCCUCUUCCAAAAUCAAUGCAAGAAGAUCUCGGAAAUUUCUAACUGUCAGAAAACAAACGAUUUCGGAUGCGCUUUGUGUUACGACGGCUUCGCGUUAAUUAACUCCCUUUGCGUGUCAUGCAGCGAUCUCUGCCAACAGUGCCAUUUCUCAGAUGAGCACGAAAUUUGCGACUUAUGCGAACUCAAUUACGUCAUCGACAAUUUCGAGUGUUAUCCGCUUUCCUCAAUACAAAAAUGUUCCGAAGCCGACGGUGAAAAGUGCACAAAAUGUGAGACGGGAUACACUCUAUCUGCUGGAAGGUGUCGAAAGCUAUCGCGAUGGUACAUCUACGUCAUCGUCGCCGCGGUAGUGGUUAUACUAUUCAUUAUAGUAAUUUUAACUAUACUUAUAGUAAAGAAAGUGAUAUAUCAAAAAGUUCGAGUUCGACAAGAACACGUGAGGAAGAUCACCGACGUGAGCAGUAGAACGGACUUAGUCUUCUGUUGUGUAGGGAUUGUAACAGACAAACCGACGAUUGAGUUUGAUGGAUUACUGCAAGUGAAUAAUGAGCGAAGUUCGGCAUUAUAUCUUGGCAACGUUGGAGUGGACAAGGUGAAGGUUCAACCGACUAUUAUAGGAAAUGGGAAGUACGACAUUUUUAUAACGCCAGAAUUAGCGAUCUUGCGGAAGAAUGAGGUUUGUCAGUUUACCGUGCAUUUGACGCCGAAGUGCUCGACACAUAUUGACGACAAAAUAGUCUUCUCGCUCCAUAACUUUGCGAAGAACACGUCGACGAGCUUUUCGAUCUAUAUUGAUGGGUAUACCGAGAAGACGUCGAUCAUUGAUUUUGAUGAAUUGACGAUAGACACGAAAAUAGGAGAGGGAGGGUUUGGGAUAGUUUAUCGGGGAUACUUCCGGGAGGCAGAAGUAGCGAUUAAGACGAUUAAAGAAGGAGUUGAUGAGAUGGAGUAUCGAGAUGUGAAUAGUCCAGAUACUCCAAUGAACAGUGAAUUUACUAAAGAAGUAGAAAUGCUUGAGAAGUUCAAAUGCGAACAAAUUGUCACGUUCUUUGGAGCAUGUUUUCUCCCAACAAAAAUGUGUUUGGUCACGGAAUUUGCAAAGUUUGGGUCGCUGUCGUAUUUGAUUAGUAAGAAGAAGAUCUUAACGAAGUAUUUGCGAGUGAAACUGUGCUUAGAUGCUGCGAUGGGAAUACUUUACUUACACGAGAAUGGGAUCUUACACAGAGAUAUUAAACCGGACAAUAUCUUGGUGUUCUCAUUAGACACACAAGAAAAGGUCAAUGCAAAGUUAACUGAUUUUGGAAGCGCAAGAAAUAUUAAUCGACUGAUGACUAAUAUGACAUUCACGAAAGGUAUUGGAACUCCAGUCUAUAUGGCACCUGAAGUCUUGGAUAGAAAAAGAUAUCGAACAACAGCGGAUGUAUACUCUUUCGGCAUCGCUAUGUACGAAAUAAUAGGGUGGAAAGCUGCAUUCUCAAUGAAAGACCCUCAAUUCAAUUUCCCGUGGAAAAUAGCAGAGUACGUGAUGGCGGGAAAACGGCCUAAGAUCACUAAAAAUAUCCACGAGGAGGAGUUCUCUAUUAUUGAUGGCGCUUGGAAGAUGCAACCAGAAGAACGGCUACGAAUGGCAGAGAUCGUGGAAAAGAUUAAGAAGAGGUUGUUAAAGAUUAAGAAGGAAUAA